UUCCUCCUGAGUCAGGCAGAGGAGAGGAAGCAGGUGGAGAAGCAGGGAAAGGAUCUGUUUGCAGCAAUGGGCCCAGAUUACUCUGAGGAAGAGAGGACUCCGCUGGACACAAAAGAGAGGUCACUGGGUGACAGAACGAUGCCAGCAAAACCUCCCAAUCCAUCUUUUCUUGGUGGCGGAGGGGAAACAGCGGCUGUGGAAGCAGAUCAGAGUCUAGUGUGCUUUGAGGAUAUAGCUGUGUAUUUCACGGAGGAGGAGUGGGCGUUGCUAGAUCCUGCCCAGAGAGCUCUGCAUCAGGAAGUCAUGGAGGAGAAUCGUACUAUCAUGGCCUCUCUCGGUGAUGAAUUGGAAAUGAAGAAAAUUGGAGACCAUGACAAAGUCAAAACAGAGGAGAAGCCAUAUCAAUAUUCGGAAUGCAGAGAGAGCUUGAGCCAGAGCUCCAGUUCCACUUCCUAUCAAAGAAAUUCCACUGGAAAGAAACGCUAUCAGUGCUUUGAAUGCGGAAAGAGUUUCGCUUGGCACGACUCUCUCAAUUUCCAUCAAAGAAUUCAUACAGGCAAGAAACCAUAUCAGUGCUUGGAAUGUGGAAAGAUCUUCAGUUACAAGAACAAUCUUGUUUCUCAUCAAAGAAUUCAUACAGGGGAGAAGCCAUAUCAGUGCUUGGAAUGUGGGAAGAGUUUCAGUUACAGAGCCAGUCUCACUUCCCAUCAAAGAAUUCAUACAGGGGAGAAACCAUACAAUUGCUUGGCAUGUGGGAAGACUUUCCGUCACAGCUGUCAUCUCAAGUCCCAUCUCAGAAUUCAUACAGGGGAGAAACCCUAUCAGUGUAUGGAAUGUGGAAAGAGCUUCAGUAAGAGUUCUGUGCUCACUUCCCAUCAAAGAAUUCAUACAGGGGAGAAACCAUAUCAGUGCUUGGAAUGUGGAAAGAUCUUCAGUUAUAAGAACAAUCUUACUUCCCAUCAACGAAUUCAUACAGGGGAGAAGCCAUAUCAGUGCUUGGAAUGUGGAGAAAAUUUCAGUUACAGAGCCAGUCUCACUUUCCAUCAAAGAAUUCAUACAGGGGAAAAACCAUAUAAUUGCUUGGCAUGUGGGAAGAGUUUCCGUCACAGCUGUCAUCUCAAGUCCCAUCUUAGAAUUCAUACAGGGGAGAAACCAUAUGAGUGCAUGGAAUGUGGAAAGAGCUUCAGUCAGAGGUCCAAUCUCACUUCCCAUCAAAGAAUUCAUACAGGGGAGAAACCUUUUCAGUGUCUGGAAUGUGGAAAGAGCUUCAGUCAGAGUUCUGCUCUCACUUCCCAUCAACGAAUUCAUACAGGGGAGAAGCCUUUUGAGUGCUUGGAAUGUGGAAAGAGCUUCAGUCAGAAGGGCAAUCUCACUUUCCAUCAAAAAAUCCACAGUGAGGAGAAUGGGAGAAGCUACUCAGUCGGAGAGCACGCAACUCUCAAUCUCGGGGUCCUGGACACACAGAACAUGGCAGAAGAAGCAAAAGGGGAUCCCUCCCAAUCUCUUGGAGGCUUCCUGAGAGCACAGAUGGAUGAGCAAGGCUCAGCUGACCCUGAAGCAGGAAGAGGCCCGGAAACGGGGAGCAGUGGGGGAUUCUGGGAAUACCCUGAGCAUAAGAUCCUGGGAGAGGAGGACCCCCUUCGCUCAGAGGCGCAGAGCCAGCAGUUCAGGUGGUUCUGCUACCAGGAGACUGAAGGACCACGAGAGGUUUGCAGCUGGUUCUGCUGCCUUGACCAUCAGUGGCUGAAGCCAGAAAGGCACACGAAAGCUGAGAUGCUGGACCUGGUGAUCUUGGAGCAGUUCCUGGCUGUCCUUCCAGCGGAGAUGGAGAGCUGGGUGAGGGAAUGCGGAGCAGAGACCAGUUCCCAGGCAGUGGCCCUGGCCGAAGGUUUCCUCCUGAGUCAGGCGGAGGAGAGGAAGCAGGGGAAGAAUCUGCUUUCAGGAAUGGGCCCAGAUUACCCUGAGGAAGAAAGGACUCCGCUCAACGCAAGAGAGAGGCCAUUGGGUGACAGAAUGAUGCCAGCAAAACCUCCCAAUCCAUCUUUUCUUGGUGGCGGAGGGGAAACAGCGGCUGUGGAAGCAGAUCAGAGCCUAGUAUGCUUUGAGGAUAUAGCUGUGCAUUUCACGGAGGAGGAGUGGGCAUUGCUGGAUCCUGACCAGAGAGCUCUGCAUCAGGAAGUCAUGGAGGAGAAUCGUGCAAUCAUGGCCUCUCUCGGAGAUGAAUUUGAAAUGAAGAACGAGGGAGACCAUGACAAUAUCCACAUACUGGAGAAGUCCAGAGAGGACCUGAGCCAGAGCUCCCAUUCCACUUUCCAUCCAAGGAAUUCCAUUGGGAAGAAAGCCUAUCAGAGCUUGAAAUGUGGAACAAGUUUCAGUAAGAAGGCUCAUUUCACUUACCAUCAAAUAAUUCAUACAGGGGCGAAACCCUAUCAGUGCUUGGAAUGCGGGAAGAGCUUCAAUCGUAAAGAUCAUCUCACUUCCCAUCAAAGAAUUCAUAAAAGGGAGAAACCACACCAUUGCUGGGAAUGUGGAAAGAGCUUCAGUCAUAGCUCCGAUCUCACUUCCCAUCAAAGAAUUCACAAAGGCGAGAAACCCUACCAGUGCUUGGAAUGCGGAAAGAGUUUCAGUCGGAAAGAUUACCUCACUUCCCAUCAAAGAAUUCACACAGGCGAGAAACCCUAUCAGUGCUUGGAAUGUGGAAAGAGCUUCAUUUACAGGGCAAGUCUCAUUCACCAUCAAAGAACUCAUAGUGGGGAGAAGCUAUAUCAGUGCUUGGAAUGUGGAAAGAGCUUCAUUCACAGGACAAGUCUCACUCCCCAUAAAAGAAUUCAUACAGGGGAGAAGCCAUAUCAGUGUUUGGAAUGUGGAAAGAGUUUCAGCUACAGAGUCAGUCUCACUUCACAUCAAAGAACUCAUAGUGGGGAGAAACCAUAUAAUUGCUUGGUGUGCGGGAAGACCUUCCGUGACAGCUGCCAUCUCACGUCCCAUCAUAGAAUUCAUACAGGGGAGAAACCAUAUCAGUGCCUGGAAUGUGGAAAGAGCUUCAGGCAGAGGUCCAGUCUCAUUUCCCAUCAAAGAACUCAUAGUUGGGAGAAACCAUAUCAAUGCUUGAAAUGAGGAAAGGGCUUCAGUCCGAACUCCCCGAACUCCCUUUCAAAGAGCUAGCUGGAAGAAUUGUAGAAUCUAGUCCAGCCACUUGCAUUGCAAAAAUCUCAACUGAAACCCAUGACACAUGACCACCUGCUUCAGAUCUUCCAAGGAAGGAGAGUCCACUACCUUUCUAGGCAGUCCUUUCCACAGCUGAACUGUUCCUACCAUUAGAAAGUUCUUCCAGAUGCUCAAUUGGAAUCAACUUUCUUCUAACUUGAAGCUUGCUCCAUCCUCCAUGUGAAGAUACUUGAAGAUCACUAUCCUAUCUCCUCUAAGUCAAAGAUUGUGCAGUCUAAACAUCCCCAACUCCCCCCACUGCUGCUCCUAAGUCUUAGUUUCCAGACCUUUGAUCAUCUUGGUCACCUCCUCUGCUCACAUUCCACCUUGUCAACAUCCUUCUCGAUUGAUGGUGCCCAGAACUAGACACAAGACUCCAGGUGAGGUCUGGCCAAGGCAGAAUCAUGUGGGACUAUUACUUACACUUAUUUGGACGCUAUACUUUUGUUGAUGCAGCCUAGCUAGCAGCAACGAUCUCUUUUUUUUUUUUUUUGCUGCUGCUGCUGCUGCUG